AUGGCGGCCCCGGCAUCUAAGACAGUUCGGGAUCUGAACGGCAAGUGGGUUCUGAACAAAGCCCUCUCGGACAGCGUCGACCCGGCGCUCACGCUGCAGGGCGUCAGCUGGCUCGUGCGCAAGGCCAUCGGGGCGGCGUCGGUGACGCUGCACGUGAAGCAGUACCAGGGGGCGCCCCGGGCGGCGGUGGAGACGGAGCCGGCGGCGGCGGAGGACGAGGUGGCGACGCACAUCGACAUCGAGCAGGCGGUGGGCGGGGCCGGGCUCAAGGGCACGACGGAGCACCGCUGCCUCGACAACCGGUUCCGCGAGCACGCCGACUGGCUGUUCGGGCGCGUGCGCGGCCGCAGCCGCCACCUGAGCCUGGCGGAGCUGCGCGCGCUCGCCGCCGGCGAGGCCCGCGACCGGGGCUGGGUCGAGGACGACGCGGUCGCGCGCGACUGGCUGCCCGACGACGGCCCCGACGGCGACGCCGACGCCGCCACCACCCUCGUGCUCAGCUUCGUCGAGAGCCUCGACUCCGACUGGACCGCCCUCCAGGCCUGGGGCUUCCAGGACGUCGGCGGCGAGCGCCGCUACGUGCGCAACCUCGUCGUCGCCAAGAAGGGCCAGUUCUACAGCUUCAAGAUGGUGUACGAUUGGGCGCCCGAGUAA